AGUACAUUGGUGAUUACUCUUCGUUUGUAGGUCUUUUUUUUUCUAGUCGGUGGUCUUAUUUUUGUGAUUGUGAUUUGUGAAAGUAACUUCAAUUUUCUAUUUAGAUUUUCUUUCGAAAAUCAAUUUCUUAAACAUUUCUCAAAUAGGUAGUAUUAUGUCUUGUCGUAACGCAUCUCAUGCAGGAAGCUGGUACACCGAAAAUGGCUCGGAAUUAUCCAGACAGUUAGAUUUGUGGCUGUCUAAAGCCGACCUUACACACGGCCCGGCCAGAGCGAUCAUUGCACCUCACGCGGGAUAUUCGUACUGCGGCGCGUGCGCAGCUUUCGCCUAUCGUCAAGUCAGUCCGGUCGUUGUCAAACGCAUAUUUAUCCUGGGUCCCUCUCACCACGUCCGUUUGGCCGGCUGCGCCUUGUCGUCUCUGGACAAAUACCAGACCCCGCUCUAUGACCUCACCAUAGACAAACAGAUAUAUGCUGAACUAGAAGCGACCCGGCAGUUCGAAUGGAUGGAUGUACAGACAGACGAAGACGAACAUUCUAUAGAGAUGCAUCUACCCUACAUCGCCAAAGUUAUGGAGGAGUACAAGACAGGUUUCACAAUCAUACCUAUUUUAGUUGGUUCCCUCACUCCUGAAAAGGAAGCCAAAUACGGUGCAAUUCUAGCCCCUUACCUGGCUGACCCUCAGAACUUAGUGGUUAUAUCGUCAGACUUCUGCCAUUGGGGGUCAAGGUUCCGGUAUACGUGGCGGGACCCCUCGCGCGGACGGAUUCACCAGAGCAUCGAGUGGCUGGAUAAACAGGGUAUGGACAUAAUAGAGAAAAUGGAGCCAAGUUCCUUCACGGACUAUCUCAACAAAUAUAACAAUACGAUAUGCGGGCGACAUCCCAUCGGAGUGCUUUUACAGGCCAUAGCCAAGCUGCAAAGUCAAUCCAACGCGCCUCGGAUGUCUCUGAAAUUCCUCAAAUACGCUCAAUCUUCCCAAUGCAUGACCAUGCAGGACUCUUCCGUGUCAUAUGCCAGUGCUUCCUUGGUUUUUGAAUAGGAUAUAGGGAACCCUAAGAAUUAGGUAGGGCUCAAAAAGGCUAGAAGAUAAGAUUUUCUUUCUGCAUUGUUUAAAAUUAUGUGAUAUUAUUACAAAAUCUGUUGAAUCUUUAAACUAAAUUAAAAGACAAAUCUAAAUGUACUGCUAUCCCUUUCAUAUUUAAAUCUGUUGGAUUAAAGAAAAAAAUUUUAUUAAAAGAACGACUGAACAGGCUUUGCAUUCAUAUUUAAAACAACAUAAGAAUAAUUCAUCUACGACUUACCAGGCUGCAUGGUCUACGACCUUUGCCUUUCCUGAAGGGGAUAAAAAUAAAACUAACUUAAAUCUGUCAAUUUAAUUUAGAGAUUGACAGCUAAACGUCAAAAUAUAGCGGAAAGUCAAACCUAUUCUGUG